AUGAAUUCGCUUCUUCGCGUCACUCAGGCGCUGUCGAAACGUCACCUGACCAGUCCUAAUCGAGCGCUCUCAACAAGUUACCAGUGCAAGGAGAAUCUGCGGGUGGUUCGACUCAUAUCACCGGUUUACGUGCUACUUUUCGUAACUCGCCUUUGCCAAUUCGCCUUCCGACUAUAUGCCUAUUAUUUUGGUACCAAUCUAGGAGCCUUCUUGCUGCGACUAUUCGCCCACAUGUACAACUUGUCACUGGCUGUGAGCGUGUUUGUCACGCCUCUUCUGCUCAUCGUCAUGGGGCCCGCGUUUUACAGCACAGCCUCCAGAACAAGUGUCCUAAUCAUCGAGCUGCUUCGAACGGCGGAACAAGCAGUGGAGCAGAUCAAGAAGCUAGCGACUCGUUUUGUUCUCACGGACCGAUUAUUCGAAGCACUAGUUCAGAAUGGAAAGGUCAAUCCCAGUCUUCGGCGAGAUUGGUUACGCAAGAAGCACAAGUUCGACGUGGAAGCGGACAAAGUGCUCGAGUUUGUGGUCAGAAAAACGAGCGACUUCGAAAAAAUCGUCGACGAGCUCUGCAAAGAGAAGAGAAAAGCUGAAAGGAGGCUGAACGAUUCGGAUCAAGAGCGUCGUCCGGAGUUGCAGAAAAAACAGCUCCUUCAGAUUCUCCGGGAAGAAAUGGCUCUGGAGGCCCAAUCAACUACGGAGCAGAUCAGAAGUCUGAAAGAAAGGGUAAAAUCACAGGAGGCUGAAAUAGCUCGUCUCAAAGGAAUCAUCCAGACGAAGGAGCAGCAAGAGACGGAAAAACCUGGUCCAAGUCGAGUGCAAGUGACAGUUGAUGCCUCAGAUGGAGCAAAAGGAGGCGCUGCAUUGGAACAAGUGCCCAUUGAGAUGGAAACUGAUGAAGAUUACUUCGAGAAAAUGGUUCAAGAAGUACAAGAGGACGAAGAGAUGACGGAUACGGAACAAGAAGAAGAAGAACGUGAAGACUCUUCGGGGCGAAUUAUUCAACUCUGCCAACAAGCCCUCGAGUUGGAACAAGUACUUCAGACGUUUCCCUAUAGAGACUUUGGAGAUAGGAAAGUCAGCAACACCUGUACCUUUUGCGGCGCUGUAGACCGUCACUUCUCAGACUCUUGCCCGCAGGUACAAGAUGGACACGAUCGAAACACAAUCGUCGAUAGAAAGAAGGUGUGCAAGUGCUGCUUCGGCAACUGCCCAAAAGACAAGUGCAGAUUUCCACCGAGAGACUGCUACUACUGCGAGAGGAUUAGAGGGACGAUCGUCGAGGAUUUGAUUCCGAAAAAGAGACAUCAUCGCGCACUGUGUGAAGUACCGGAUCUAAAAAACGAAGUAAGAAAACGAAUAAAGCGGCUGGAAGAGGAGAUCGAACGUCUACGAUCAGAAGAACGAUUCAAGCCGGGCGGA